AUGAUUCCUGCAAGUCAAGCAGUUGGUUACGCUUGGCUGUGUUGGGGCUCGUUUGUCUUAUUUGUACAGAGCGUUGGCACCUUUGGCAUUUUCAAGAACUUCUCUUCCGUUCCUAAGAAAGCGACAUCACCCUCACUCAAAGAUGACCAUGUACCUCAUGUCACUAUUAUCCGACCGGCCAAGGGCUUAGAACCAUAUCUAUACGAAUGUCUAAAGUCCACUUUCCAGCAGACCUACCCACUGGGAAAGUUCACAAUAUACUUCUGCGUCUCCUCUAAAGAUGAUGCCGCGUAUUCCGUUAUGCGUCGAGUCAUCGACGAAUUCCCAGCCCAUGACGCCCGAUUGUUCAUCGAGGAGGAAGACCCGUUGCUGACCGGACGCCGUGGUACGAUCGAUAACAUGGGACCGAACCCCAAGAUCCGCAACCUCAGCAACGCGUACAGAGAGGCUAAAGGAGACAUUGUCUGGAUUUCUGACUGCAAUGUCUGGUUGUCGAAAAACGCCGCCGGGCAUAUGGUCGACCACCUCUGCGGCUAUGGCCCGGAUGGUGGGCGAAAGAAGCCAUGCAAGCUGGUACAUCAACUUCCCAUUGUUGUGGACACUGUCUCGUCCCUCCCGCGCAACAGCAGUGAGACCCAGGCCCUCCUAUCUGGCUCUCAAGAUAUCACCAUGCAACACGAGGUCGACAGAUCAAUCAGGGCACAGGGUGGAGGCCGGCUUGACGAAAUGUUCAUGUCUACCACCCAUGCCAAGUUCUACGCUGCAAUCAACAUUCUAGGUGUUGCCCCUUGCGUCGUUGGUAAGAGUACCAUGUUUCGCAAGUCGCAACUAGACAAAGCAACCGACCCUGCACAAAAUCCAGUUAUUGCUGCGUCAGCUACUCGACGGCCUACUGGUUUGGACUACUUUUCUCACUUCAUUUGUGAGGAUCAUCUGAUUGGAGAUCUCCUGUGGAAGACGGACUUCCCUGGACAUAAGAAUCAUAGGCUCAACUGGGGCGACCUCGUUGUCCAGCCUGUGGCUGGCAUGUCGGUUACAGCCUACGCCGCUCGUCGUGUUCGAUGGCUUCGAGCGCGUAAAUGGACGGUCUUGCUGGCCACUCUUGUGGAACCCGGUAUAGAAUCCCUGCUUUGUUGCUUCUAUCUAUCCUUCGCUAUCACGACUGUCCCGUGGUUUCAUGAACACCUUGGCAUUGCUCAAACCUGGGGCUCAAUGUUGAGAGGCUGGGGCAUAGGCGUCACCGUAUGGAUGGUCCUCGACAGAUUCAUUUCCAACCGAUUACAUGCCGGCUAUAGCAUUGACAUUGACGAGGACACGCCCGCCUUCGCCCAAGGCGCCAAGCGUGGAGGCGCUGAACGGCGACCUUUUGGCCAAUGGCUUCUUGCUUGGAUCGGACGGGAAGUACUCGCAUUGCCCAUAUGGACCUGGGCUGUCCUCCUUGGCACCACUGUAAACUGGAAAGGAAAAGAAUUUCAAGUGAAGUCUGACAUGAGUGUUGUUGCGGUCGACGAAGACCGCCAUACUGCAAAUACCGUUGUUGACCAUGCAACACCCAAGAUAGACUAA